CGUCUGCACCACCCACCAAUUGCACCGGACGAAGUAAAAGCGAUCCGUACCUGCAGCCGCGCCCCUCGGGUCUGGCCCACAAAAUCCACCGAUGCGGGACCUUCACACACCCUGACACCCCCAACGACUAAAUUGACCCGUGAUGCAGUGAUGGUUCAGCACACCUGCCCACCUCCACUUGCCCACCUGCACACCCGCACCCUUGGACCUUCCCGCUACAAAGAACGCCCCUUCCCCCGGAUCGUCUUCUGCCUUCGACUCUCUUCACGGCAGUCACCACCAACGACAGUCUCUUGCUCGUUCUCUCUCUCUCCCUCUCCCUCUCCCCUUCCCUCCCUCGCUUUUUGGCUUUCGGCUUUGGCCAACUUUCUAUCCUUCGCUACCCGCAAACUCUACGGAGGUACCUCACUCUCUCUCUCUUGCUGAAUACUGCGUAUUCUAAACUCUUACCCGUACACAUCCAACACCACCACUGCAAGCUCAGUCACCACAUUUGCCCUCCUCGCUCUCACUUUGGAACAAACAUCUUCCACAGGUUUGGAUCAUCAUUUCCCAGAUUUUGACCCGAAAAAACCUAUCCAAUCCCUCACCACAAACACACGCGGUUUGAGACCAGCAUCAGCCAAUCCAACGCCUUGCAUUCCAAGUAAAUCACCACCACUCGACUUUUGGUGGAAAUUGGCCCUUUUUCUCGACGAAAAAUCAAAACAAAAGGUCCGUAUGCUCUGCUUUGUCACCCAACUUUUUUUCCUUUGUGAGAUAUACACAAAGCUGGCCCUUCAUCACUUCUUCUUUCCUCUCAAGAUCCCAAAGAUUCAUUCCAGUCGUUCCCUCCAUCAACUACAUUUCAACUCACUCGAGUCAAUACGCUUAGCCAAGCUUCAUCAGAUACAUACAUACAACCAUUUCAUUUGCUAACAACCGCUGGCCGGUACAGACAAACACAACCGACAACGAAACCACGACUAUAGAUUAACAUUUUCCCUCAUUUCAAAAUGAAGACCACCACUUUUGCUAUCGCAGCCACUUCCCUGCUUCAAUUAACUCUUGCUCAACCUUUCCGUAGGUUUCUUUCCCUUCAUCAACCACCUGGUAAAAUCUAACUCUCAUAUAGGUCGACAUGCUCAUCAGCACCAGAAGAAGGAACUCAUCACUCACGUCGAGACAGUAUACGUCGAAGGUCCUCACGUUAUUGUCUACGUGGACCAAUAUGGAGCACCACAGUCUACUGAGACGGUUAACCCUGCACCCCCAACUGCAACACCAACACCAAGCCCUCCCCCUGCUCCUCCUGUAGCUCCAGCUCCAGUUCCUCAACCAUAUGUAGCUCCGGCCCCAGCUCCAGUUCCUAAACCAUAUGUAGCUCCUGCUGUAGCUCCGGCUCCAGCUCCAGCUCCUCAACCAUAUGUAGCUCCUGCUGUUGCUCCCCCUGCGGUUGAACCAGCACCAGCUCCUGUUGUUCAAGAAGCUGCUGCACCUCUCCCAACGUACUCAAACCCAGCUCCUUCUAAGCCUGCCCCCGCCUCUGUAGGAGAUGGAUUCGGAUUCUCCUACUCCCCAUACAACGGUGAUGGAACUUGCAAGACUCAAGCCCAAGUCAACACUGAUUUCGCAGCACUCCCAAGUGAUUACUCUACCGUCCGUGUUUAUGGCACUGAUUGUGAGCAAGUCGCUAGAGUUCUUUCAGCCUGCAAAGCCAAGUCCAUGAAGCUCUUCGCAGGUGUCUUCAACUUGGCCAACCUCAACUCGGAGGUUCAAACUAUCAUUAAAGCUGCAAAUGGAGACUGGUCCCUCUUCGACACGAUCUCCGUUGGCAACGAGCUUGUCAAUGCAGGUCAGACCUCUCCAGGUGCCGUCCUUGCCGCUAUGGAUACCGCCCGAGGACUUCUCAAGACGGCUGGGUACACCGGACCUAUCGUGACCGUUGAUACCCUUGUUGCUACACUUGCUCAUCCAGAACUUUGCGAUAAAUCCGACUACUGUGCUGUCAACUCUCACCCAUUCUUCGAUGGUAACGUUGCCGCAUCCGAGUCGGGUAAAUUCUUGACCGAGCAGAUCUCCAACUUGAAGACCAAGCUUGCCAACAAGAACCAACGAGUUGUCAUCACUGAGACAGGUUGGCCAUCCAAGGGAGGCGCCAACAAGAAGGCUAUUCCUUCCAAGGAUACCCAACUUGCUUCUAUCGAGUCCAUCAAGGCUGCAUUUAGCUCCAACCCAAGCUCUAUCAUUCUUUUCAACACUUACAACACCAUGUGGAAAUCCGACAACCCGUCCACCUUUGGUGCUGAGAAGUACUGGGGAUUCCUUGGCGACUCUCCUUCGGGUUAAAUUCAAACCCGUUCUGAGUUCAAUAUUGAGAAAAUGGUUUCCUUUUUUCACACCCUCGACAUUCUCAACAAACACACAUUAUUUUCUUGCUUUCAAUGUAUGAUGUGAUACAAUUCGGACUACGAAACGAAACGAAAAAAGAUCUGGUACAAAAGGAAUGAUUGAGUGGAAAUUUUUGGGAGCACAAACUUCGCUUUGUACAAAUUUUUGGGGCGUGUUUUCUUCUUUUUCAUGGGGUAUAUAUUUCGAAGGAUACCAUAAGGAUUUCGGACUGGGGUUUAUGGGUGACGAGGGAUGAGCAGACGGGAAUCUUGUUUCUUUGGCUCCUUUCAAGUUGAUGGGUAUUCCUCAUCUCUGUGAGGUGGCUAUUAUCUUUUACACUUGUUUCACAUGUACAUAUUUACAGUCCCGUUGCGCACAAUCUUGUGCAGGACUGCUGGCACGCAAUUUUUGG